AUGGAAAGCAAAAUGAAUAGCAAGUUUGAUUUUAAGGACAUCAGCUCAACUCAGAAGUCCUUUAUGGGUGACCUUCAGAGACUCCUUAGGCAAGGAGAAUAUGUUCCUUUUAGCUCAGCUCCCAUCUUCGAAAGCAAGUUUGUAGAGGUUAAUCAAAGAGGGGAACCAAUUUCUGUCCAUAACCGACCCAGCUGCGUGAUCAUCGGCAUCAGUGCUGUCAAUCCCAGUUCACCAAUACCUGAUACAAUGCUGGUGGCGCACAAGGUGCCCGUGUCCCCACAGGAAAGUAUGACAAACUUCUGGAAACUCUCAGAGCAGCCAUCCCACGUGGAAGAGAUAGCACUUGCCAGGAUCUUGCCCUUGAAGUUUGUGGAACUCUCGGUCCACAGCACAGAGAAGCAUCGCCUCAUGUUAAAAUUAGUAAAUGGCCAUUCCUAUUAUCUAGAACUCUGUGCCCCACCAAACCAGCAACAACAUCUAUUCCACCUGUGGCUGCAGCUUAUCUCUCUCCUGAAACCCCCACAAAAGAUCCGCAAUACUGAAGUCGAUGUAAAAUGCAAGGAUUUUGGCACGUCUUGCAAGGAAGCUCUCAGCCCAGACCAUCCAUCAAAAAAGAGGAACAACUCACAAGAUGUGCCUAACCACGAAAGAGGGGAAGAAGUUACUAAACAAACAUCCUCCGAACAAGUUUGCCUCUCAGGUACAGUAGGUCCCACAGAAGAGAGUGGAAGGAAAGUGCAAGUAUUCCACAGCAUCCCAAAAACAACCAAGCAAGAAACCACCAUGCAGUCAAAGAAUAUACAUCCUGUGGAUACAAAAAAGAGCAAAAGCACAAAAAAGAGCAAAACUAGGGAUCACAUCUCACCUUCUAUGGUUCAGUGUAAGGUUUCUUCUAGAAUGGCCUUGAUGUUUGACUUGUUUGCUGAUGGCAGCCAUUGCAACCUCACUGCAAAAUCAGAUAAAAUACAGGAUGGUGGAAAGGAUAAUGAUGAAGCUCCUAAAAAUCCAGAGGAUGUCCUCUGCACACAGGCCAUGUGGAGGAAGGUGAUUAAAGGUGCACCAUCCCCGUAUUCUGCUGGCUUGGCCGCAAUGUACUACCCAGAAAUGGGUGUGGGAGAAGGAUUAGGACGUACACCAACUGUGGAGGUAGUCUCUUCGUGGCUUCAGAACUUUGAAGAGAGUCUUGGUACCUCCUCAUCUCUACAGGCGAGCACCUGGAUGUCAGGAGCACCCCAAGAAAUCAGUUCUCUUCCGCCUCAGUCAGAGGGAAAGGGAACCCCAGGUGUGUGA